UAGGGGCCCUGUCCUGCUGAAUAGGUUGCUUCCUUCCCAGCCCCCAGGCCCUUUGGUGGCAAGUACUCUGCCUGAUACAAAUAUUUAAAAGAUGAGGGAGCACUGAGCCCAGCAAGAGAAGGGGGAGAUGGGGUGGAGGAUAGAAAGGGAGAUCAGGAAUGUUCAAGAUGUGGGCAGAGGACUUUAGGGCUGAGUUUCCUCGGUCAGGAGGAGAAAAGGAUGAGUGUCAAAAUCCUGGAAAUGAAAGAGGGGGCCAGGCAGCAGGAGCGGGUGGUGGGGAGUCUGGACAAGAAGAGAACCCACUGUCUGCCUCCAGCUGCAAGGAGCAGGUGACCUGGGAGCGCUCCUGGGAGGCCCGGAGAAUCUCCGUGCUGCCCCUGUGGUGGAGGAUCACCCACAGCUCCCGCUGGAUAGCGCAGGUGCUGGCCUCCGAGCUCAGCCUGGUGGCCUUCGUCCUGCUGCUGGCCAUGGUCUUCUCCGAGAAGUGGCUGUGCCUCUCCCAGAGCCGCUUCUACCAGCGCUGGCCCCCCAACGUCAGCUCGAGAAUCUACACGUCGGCUCACGUCAUGUCCCUGGGGCUCCUGCGGAUCUGCACAUCCAAGAACUGUUCCAGCUCAGACGACAGGAAAGAUAGUUUUAAGCUGUGGGCCAAUCACCCGCUCUUUGGGGUGGCCCAGAUAACCUUCUGCCUGACCCUGGGGCUGGGCUUUGUCUUCACCGUCUGGUUGCACCUGCCGUAUCUGCGUCGUCUGCAGAGACUGCCUUUCUUUAGCUGGAUUGGGACCAUCAUGAGCUUCUGUGAAGUUACCUUUAUUUUCUUCACCCUCCUGUUAUUCCCUAUUAACCUCUGGAUCUUUGAGCUGAAGAAGAAUGUGUCCAUCCCCAUCGGCUGGAGCUAUUUCAUAGGGUGGCUGGUGUUUGUCCUGUACAUCACCUGUGCGGCCCUCUGCCACUUCAACAACAAACGCUUCUGGAGUGUGAUUACCAACUGCCCCAGAGGCAGCGGGUUCUGCAGCGACAGUGCCUGCUCAGCACAGAACUUUCAGAGUGAGCUGGUGGCCUUACCUGCCUCCGUCAGCCAGGAGGAGGUCCCGCAUCUGGAGCCAAAGAAGCCGCCGCCUUAACCCUACCUGAAAUCCUGGCGCCUUUCAGCGCAUCCCUCUCCUCAUCCUUUCUGGCAACCCUCAGGCAGGUGGCUCUCCCACCGCUGGACUUUCAGGUCAGCCUUGCACUUGUCCGCCUAGUUCCAGCUUGCGGACAGCGGGUGAUGGGCAAUAAAUUGUCUCUUGCUUAUCGUG